AUAUUAGAAUCAAAACAAAUACCGUGCAACUUUUAUAUUUAUUUAUGGUAGAAUAUCUGUUAUCAAAAGUAUUUGUGGGAAUCUCGAAGAUUAGUGUUUGUUUUGUACACAAUGGAGACAGUUCAAAACAGCUGUCGUUUAUGUUUAAUUCCAAUUGUGAACGAUUCGUCAGAAUCAGCACCUUUUACGAUAGAAAUAAGUCCACUAAGCGAAACGCUCAACAGUGUCUUCAAUUUCAAUUUUGACCGCAUAGACCAGCUGCCAAAGCAUGUAUGUCAGCAGUGCUGUGCGAUUGUGGACGAUUUCCAGAUGUUCUCGGAAAAAGUCGAGCAGAAUCAAAUUUAUCUGCGAUCAUUGGCUACGAAAUAUGAGACCCUGGAUGACGACUCAAAGCUAGAGGCUAAGAGUGAGGAUAUAAUUCCUCCGGAGUUGGUAAAAAUUGAGCCAGAGGUGCAGUCCAACAUUGAUGAGAAUUCCGAAUGGAACCAAGGAGGGGACAAUUUGGAUGGGAACAGCGAUGAAGAGGACGGUGGAAACGAUGAUGAGGAUGAUGAUGAUUAUGACGGUGAAUGUGAAGUAGGAGAAGAUGACAGCGAUGAGGAUGAAGAUUGGAAGCCACAACCGAUGGAGGUGAAGGAAGAGGUUGAUAAUACGAUAAAAACUAAACGAAAAUACACGAAAAAAGGGUUCGCUAAACAGAAGAAAAUUAAGAAAGAACCUAGACAUGACCCGUCGAAGGAAUAUAGGAGUAAGCCGAAAGAAGAAAUCGAGGAAGAGGAUAGGCAGAUUUUGGAAUAUUUUAAAUUUGCAUGUGAAUUAUGUCAUGAAACUGCGGAGACCUUCAUAGAGCUGCGAAGGCAUUUUCGCGAACAGCAUGGGCAGAGAGGCUAUCAUCGAUGUUGCAACAAAAAGCUAUUCAAGAGGUGUCAUCUACUUGAACACAUACAGGUUCAUUUGAAUCCCAAUUUGUAUGGUUGCGAUUUAUGUUCAAAAAGCUUCAGUUCUAAGGAAUAUCUACAAUUGCAUAAAAUGCAGGCUCACGCCUCGGAAGUAGACCGACCGUAUAAAUGUGAUAAAUGUCCGAAGAGCUUCAUACAGAAAGGUCAACUCUCCUCCCAUAUGGGUCGCCACCAAAUGUAUCAGUGUACAAAAUGUGAUAAGGUGCUGGCCGGAAAAGGUUCUCUAAGCGCUCAUAUGGUAAACAUGCAUAGCGACGAAGGACGUAUGAUUUGUGAUACGUGCGGUCGGGAGUUCAAAACAAAGCCCUGCUUCGACAAACACGUUCGGAAACAUAUGGGAUUGAUUGAGGAUACCAGUAUUCAGUGCCACGUGUGCCAUGUGGUGCUCCAGAACAAGGCAACCCUUAAGAAACAUGUCAUCGCCAAACAUACGCAAACGGAUGAGUUGUUUAUCUGUAACCAAUGUGGGAAACAGGCUCCCAACAAGUUCGCCCUGGAAUCUCACAAACGGAAGGUGCACUGCGAAGAAAAAUACCAGUGCGAGUUUUGCGAGAAGCGAUUCAAGAAUCCGGUCACCCUGAAAGAGCACCGAGCAUCGCAUACCGGGGAGAUUCUCUACUCCUGCCCAUUCUGUGCCACCACGUUCAACUCGAAAGCAAAUAUGUACGCACACAAGAAAAAAUCGCAUCCACAGGAGUGGGCCCAGGAAAAGCUAAGUAAAGCUCAGUCGCAGCCGCAGACGCAGUGAUGCAGCUCAACUAACAGUGGACAAAUUAGAUGUAUCAUCUCGAAACAGUACUACACUUGUGAAAUAAGUUUCUAGUUUUUAAUAUAUUUACUGAUAAGUACUAUCUUGUGAUUUCAUUGUGUUCACAAAGCGCGAAAUCCAGACACCUAGUUUUUUUUCGCAAU